AGCGGCGAACGAGGCCGGAAGCGGGAGCUUGUGCGGGGAGGUGGGGCUGCCGCGCGGGCUGAGGGGUGGGCGAGCAGGCGACAUGUCGCUCUCGGGGCGUCUCGUGGUUCCCCUGGUCGUCUCGGUGCUUUUGUGUUGUGGGGCUCCGCGGGCUGACGGACGGCGGAGCGACGUGCGCGUCAUCACGGACGAGAACUGGACGGAGUUGCUGGAAGGCGAGUGGAUGAUAGAAUUUUAUGCUCCGUGGUGUCCUGCUUGUCAAAAUCUUCAACCAGAAUGGGAAAGUUUUGCUGAAUGGGGAGAAGAUCUUGAGGUUAAUGUUGGAAAAGUAGAUGUCACAGAACAAACAGGACUGAGUGGACGAUUUAUCAUAACUGCACUUCCCAGUAUUUAUCAUUGUAAAGAUGGUGAAUUUAGGCGCUAUCAGGGUCCAAGAACUAAGAAGGACUUCAUAAACUUUAUAAGUGAGAAGGAGUGGAAGAAUAUUGAACCUGUUUCUUCAUGGUUUGGUCCAGGUUCUGUUCUGAUGAGUAGUAUGUCAGCACUUUUCCGGCUGUCUAUGUACAUCAGGACUUGCCACAACUAUUUUAUUGAAGACCUUGGAUUACCAGUUUGGGGCUCAUACACAGUUUUUGCUUUAGUGACUCUCCUUUCAGGACUAUUAUUAGGACUUUGUAUGAUAUUUGUAGCAGAUUGCCUUUGUCCUUCAAAAAGGCGCAAACCACAGCCAUACUCUUCAAGAAAACCAUUACCAGAAUUUUCUCAACCUUUGAAAAAAGUAGUGGAGGAGCAAGAGGCUGAUGAAGAAGAUGUUUCAGAAGAAGAAAUGGAAAAUAAAGAAGGAACAAACAAAGACUUUGCACAGAAUGCCAUAAGACAACGUUCUGUGGGUUCUUCUUUGGCCACAGAUAAAUCCUAGUUCAUCUUUAUAUGUAACACUUCAUAGGAUUUUGAUGAAAGAUUGAUCAUUUGUUUUGAAAUCUGUGACUUGCUUGUAUAUUGCGGGGCUCAGUCUAGAUUGAACAGUUUUCAUUCAGAAAAUAAAGUGGAUAUAAAAGUUUGAAUAUGAUUUAAGAAUAUUACAUAACAGUGGAUUAAACAUUUAGUUUUGGAAAAUCUGGUGCCAAGCAAUAAGAUUUGUGUAUAUUUAUUAAUUGUUUCAAAUAUGAGAUGGAAAAUUCUAUUUCUGAAGACUUGCAUUAUUGGGACAUUUAAAAUUACUUUAGAGAAAAAGAUUUCUCAUUUGAUCCAAUUUUUCUCAGUUUCACUGUGUGAAAAAAAGAACAUUUCCCAUAAAUGGGAAUUCUGCCCAUUGUCUCAAGAACUGUGUGUUUGAUAACUGAUCUUUUAGAAGUAUAGUUCAAAAUUUCUUCUUGGUUUUAGAUAAUGGAACUAAUAAAGACUACCUUGUUUUAA